GCUCUGGCCUCUGCUCGCACGGCUGGCGCUGCGCAUGCCCAGUCGCGCGGUCACGUGACAUCUGUCAUGGCCGCCUCCACGGCCCGGGGCGGCGUGACUGUCAGGCUCCUGUUGCGAGCUGCCAGGGCCUCCUGGUGGAGUAGGACUGGGGAGGCAGCGUUGCUGACAACCAGGAAAUUUCGGACGACAGGCAGGCGCCUGGCAGAAGGGGACAUCGGCGGCCCUGAGCGGCCCGGGGACGUGGUGAACGUGGUGUUCGUAGACCGGUCAGGCCAGCGCAUCCCGGUGAGCGGCAGAGUUGGGGACAAUGUCCUCCAUCUGGCCCAGCGCCACGGUGUGGACCUGGAAGGGGCCUGCGAAGCCUCCCUAGCAUGCUCCACUUGCCAUGUGUACGUGAGUGAGGCCCACCUGGAUCUCCUGCCUACCCCUGAGGAGCGGGAGGAUGACAUGCUGGACAUGGCACCCCUGCUCCAGGAGAACUCCCGCCUGGGCUGCCAGAUUGUGCUGACCCGUGAGCUGGAAGGGGUGGAGUUCACCCUGCCCAAGAUCACCAGGAACUUCUACGUGGAUGGCCACAUCCCCAAGCCCCACUGACAGGUGCAACAGAACCAGACCGGGAUUGCAGUGGCUCUAGGACUAGGACUGAAGGAAAAGCCGAGGAGCCAGCCUGGUCCAGAGUGCAGACUCUGGGGGAGAGACAGGUCACAGGCACCGAGAAGCCCAUAGCCCUGCAGAGGACAGAUUCUCUGUCCAGGCUCUGGUGGGACAGGACCCCUGCUUGAGGUGCCUCCCCCAAGCUCCUGAGACUUGGAGUGUGAAUAGGGAUGGAAUCACCUUACAGCUGCAAUAAAACUGUGUUGCAGCUCUCC